AUGGAUUGGGCAAAAGGAAAGGAGAACCGCUGGAUGGUAUUUGGGGCUGAUCUUACCUGCUGUGAUGAAGAGUGCCCCCCAACGCUGUGUAGUCCAAUAGUCUGCCAUGAUGGUGCCUUGGUGGUGGACUGGAAAGUCGAUGGCAAAGGUGGCAGAGAGCGGGAGGCAACGGUGGUGGCGUCAAGAGAACUCUACGGCGCAACCAAAGGUUUCAAGGAGGAGUUGGGGAAAGGAGGGUUUGGCAGUGUCUACAAAGGUGUGCUUUCCAGGAGCAGAAUCGAGGUUGCACUUAAGAGAGUAUUGCAUGGUUCAAAGCAAGGGGUGAGGGAGUUUGUGGCAGAAAUAUCAAGCCUGGGGAGGAUGAGGCACAGGAUCAUGGUCCAAUUGCAUGGUAGAAGCCUUAGUUGGGAACAGAGGUUCAAGAUUCUAAAGGGAAUUGCUUCCGGCCUGCUGUAUCUUCAUGAAGAGUGGGAGCAAGUGGUUGUGCACAGAGAUGUUAAAGCAAGCAACGUGCUGUUAGAUGGUGAUCUAAAUGGCAGGUUGGGUGAUUUUGGCCUUUCCAGACUCUAUGAGCAUGGGGCCAACCCCAAGACAAUCCAAAUCGUUGGGAGUUUUGGGUACAUGGCGUCGGAGUUCUCCCGCACCUGGAAGUCCAGCACGAGUGCCAAUGUCUACUCUUAUGGUGCUUUGCUCCUAGAGGUGGCCUACAGAAGGAGGCCUAUUGAGCUGGAGAGACAUUGUGAAGAGAUGGUUCUAGUGGAGUUAGUCCACUCUUUGUGGAAGGAUGGACGUAUACUGGACGCCAUGGACAAAAGGCUUGGGAAUAGCUAUGUGGUGGAGGAAGCAGAGCUUGUGCUGAAGCUUGGCGUUCUCUGUUCACAGGCUGCACCUGAAUCAAGGCCAAACAUGCGGCAAUUAACUCAGUAUCUUGACCAUGAUGCCUCACUACCAGAUCUAGAAUGCCAGAAUCUUGUUAUUCAAGACGAUCCAGGAUUGGACCAAAUAAUUGUGUAG